AUGGAGGAACUAAACCGCAUUCUUGAAAGAUUCACCGAUCCAUUGACGGGGUCUUUACACGGCGCAGUCUUCAUUGCUAUUGACCGUUCAGGCAAGGUUAUCUACAACCACGCUUCGGGAAAAGCAACCAUUGUCACGCAAAAUGCAUCCGUUGUGAGCCAAGACUCUCUAUGCUGGAUUGCAUCAAUGACCAAACUUGCAACAGCAGUGGCUGUUAUGCAGCUGGUUGAACGGGGUACUGUUUCCUUAGAGGAUGAUGUUCGUGAAAUCAUCCCCGAGCUCAGAGAUAUCGAGAUUCUUUGCAAGUGA